AUGGCUGCUGCAGGCGCCUUGCACGACGAGGCGGCGAAAGGAGGCCCAAGCGCGCUCCUCCAGCUGGUGAAGCUGGUGCCAGAUCUCAGCCAUGCGCCUCUGCGUGAGGCGAUGGCUCAGCUGGUCAUCAACGCGCUGCUGCAGUGUCAGGCAGGCGUACAAAAGUGCGUCAAGCUCCUGGUGGAGGCUGUGGGGACGACGGACCAGGAGCCUGCUGUGUGCCUCAACGCCGUCUGGGCGCUGAAUGAAAUUGCACACAGCAACCCGGCCGCUGCGGAAUGGAUUGCGCAGGCGGGUGGUGUGCAGGCACUCCACCGCGCCCUUGUGGCCUUCAGCAGCCACAAGGACCACGUCGACUGCUGCACCUGGCUCAUGCGCAUGGUCGCCGGCCCCAGUGGCUUGCUUCUUUUGCUCAGAGCAGAGCAGCCGAAGCUGCCAAACUGCGUCGUGGCGUCAGUGUUCCGAGUCAUUCAGAAGGACAGCGCCUGCUGGAAAGAUGGCCAAAGUCAGCCGAAGCAGGAGGCGCCGGCACUGGUGGCUGCGAUCGCGCAACACAUCGCCGCACUUUCACCGGAUACUCUCUAUCUGGCCAUGUCCCUCUUCGAGGAAAUGGCCGAAAACCCUGGGCUGAGUGGAGAACUGCUCAGACUAGGCGGCGCGCGCCUGGUCUCCGCAGCUCUCGAAGUGAGCGUGAGAGCGCAGGAUGUCAAGACGGCGCAGUCUUGCUGCGUCACCGUCAUUGGGCUCACGAAGGCAGGGAAUCCGAGCCACUUUAACCUCGAAGUGCAGACGUGUAUAUAG